AUGCAAUUCUGGGUUCAAGACGCUCAACCAAAGUGGUUACCUGAAGGUUUCCAAAUUCCAUCUGAAAUGAUGAAUCAAGUUCAACAAUUAACACAAGAAGCAGAGAAUGCCUAUUAUCAAGUUGACUUGGAUCGUAAUGGGUUCUUGAGAAGAAGAGAAUUCAAGAAGGCAAUGAAGAGAUUGGGUAUUAACAAGUACGAAGCAAAGCAUAUGUUAAUCUUAGUUGACCAAGAACGUCUCAAGGUUGUCAGUAUUAAAAACUACGUCAAUGCUUAUCUCUUUAUCAAGAGUGGUGGUUUGAAUCAUGUUCACAUCGAUUAUCAAGGUCCAAUUACAACUGGUGUUGACAAGAGAGAUCAUUUACACAACAUUCAAUCCAAGUUAAUCACAGUUGACUUUAACACUCUCUUUAAUAAUCAAAGAUCUGCAAAGGUCACUUCCUCAUUCAUCACUCAAAAUGCUUUCCAAAGAGUUCCACGUGGUAUUGAAGUCUGGUUAAUCAUCUACUUGAAGGCAUCGAAUGGAAUGUACUUGUGUUCUGAGAAUGGUAAAGUUGUUGCCAAUCGUCCAGUUGCAAGUAUUUGGGAAACUUUCACAUUUUACAAUAACAGCGAUUGGGGAAAUGGUUUCCUUCGUGCCUUUAAAACCUAUUGGAAUACUUAUUUGUGUUGCGAACAGAAUAAUACCAUUGCUGAUAAUAGAACUGCAAUUGGUCCUUGGGAAAAGUUUGAAGCUGUUCCUGCUGUUGGUGGUUAUGCUUUCAAAUCAUGGACAGGUCAGUAUCUUUCUGCUGAUGCUUCUGGAAAUGUUUCAUUUGCAAGCUCAAUUGGAACAAACGAAUCUUGGACAAUGCAAAUUAUUGGAUCAAGUCCAUAGAUUUCUAAUAAAACAAAUAAGUAUCUAAUUAGAUUUCAU